AAAUGCCUGGUGAAGCCACAGAAACGGUCCCAGCAACAGAACAGGAGCUGCCACAGCCUCAGGCUGAGACAGGUAUCAUGGAUGCUGUAGUCCAGUUAGCAGAAAGCCAGGCCUCCUUGUUUGCUACAUUUCUGCCUUGAGGCUUAGGGGACACUGCAUGACUUUGUGACUAGGUGUUCCCUGCACUCACCUACGCAUGGGAAUGCUGCAACACUGCAUGACGGUAACUCCACCCCCAGUUGCUGGGGCUCCCGUGAAAUUGAUGCUGACAGCUGAAGAGUCCAAACCAGUUGCCACCAAGAAUCCUGAGGUGGCAGGCAAGGGUUCUCAGGCUGGAACUGCUCUGGAGCCUUCAGCUCCUGAUAUUCCCACCUUUCCUGCUGGUGCUCCUGAAGCACCUGCAACCUGUUUUUCUGAACCUCCCAUUCAAGCAUCAGCUGCUGUUUCCGGCUCUUCCAUUUCUAGUGCUGCUCACCUUUCCCCUUCAUCCCAUAAAGCCAACUCUCCCCUUGCUGAGCACAGUCCUUUCAGUACCCCACUGAUACCUACUGGCACUGCUGCCUCACCUGGACAGUUUUUCUCCUUGGUGGCUACUCCCUCCUCUGUCUCCCCAAUGUCAGUUACUCCUGGCCCUGCCUUGUCACCUAGUGUUCCAGCUGUGGUCGCCCAGACUCCUUCCUCUCCCUUGAAGCCUCCAGAUCUGACUGCCUCUGCACAAAUAGCUAGCUCCCCAUCUCCAAGCCUUGCCUUGGGGCCUCAAGCUUCUCCACCAGCCCAAAUCAUUCUCCCUGGGGCUCUUAGUCUGACUUCCCCAGCCUCUCCUGUUAAUCCAGUGCCGACAGCUUUUGCAGCCCCCAUUUCUCAGGUGCCAUCGUGCCCCCCUGCCCCAGCUCCUUUCAUUCUCCCAGUUGUUCCGGUUUCUCCUUUGGCCUCAGCUCCUGCUGCUCUCCCUGUCACCCUGAGCCCUUUCCCUCUUAGCUCUGCUGUCAAUCCCACAGUUCCUGUCACUGCUCAUGUUCCAGUUGCUGCCCCUGAGGCCCCAAUCUCUGUUCCAUCUCCUGUUUCCCCAGUUUUUGCAGUUGCUCCGCCCACAUCUCCACCACUUCCUGUGCUUAGCCCUGUGACCUCUCCUCUAGUUCCAGGUACUCCUGUGGCCCCUGCUCCUGGACCAGUGACUCCUGUUCCGCCCCUUGUACCUUCUCCUUCUCCCUGCAUUGCUGAAACGCCUGUGCAAGAUUCAACUGCUUCUGCACCUACACCCACAACUUCUGUUACAGCAUCUCUCUCUCCUCAUCUCUUUGCAGUGACUACUUCCAGCCCUGUGCCAUCCCUAGUUCCUGCAUCUAGUCCUCUGACUCCCGCUGGACUACCUGUGGGGCCUGCUUGGGACCCUGUGGCUCCUCCUUUGUCAUCGCUCUCUGGCCCUGUGGGGCUUGCUUCCUGCCCCAUGGCCUCAGUAAUGUGCUCUGCGCCCCUUGUAUCUCCAGCAGGACCUGCUCUUAGAUCAUCAGAGCCUCCAGGGCCACCUACAGAAUCUGUGCCCCCAGCAGGGCCUGUGGUACCUGCUUCUCAGCCUAUGACUCCUGCUUUAGCACCUAUUUCUGGCCCUGUGGCUCCUGUGUCCCCAGCAGGGCCUGCUUUUAGACCAUUGGCACCUGCAGUGCCGCAUGUGAAACCUGCUUCUCCUUUGGCACCUACAUCUGGCCCCACAGCCUGUCCUGUGCCCCCAGCUGCUAGGCCUCUAGCACCUGCUUCCCAGCCUGAGAGUCCUGCUUUGGCACCAGUUUCUGACCCUGUUGCUGCUUCUGUGACCCCAGCAGGGCCUGCCCUUAGACCACUGGCAUCUGCAGUGCCACCUAUAAAAACUGCAUCUCCUUUGGCACCUACACCUGGCCCUGUAGCCCUGCCUGCAGUGUCAGUAGUGGCUGUUUCUGGCCCCAUCCCCCCUGCAGUAUCUGCUUCCAGUUUUGUGGCCCCAGCAUUUCCUGUAUCCAAGCUAGUGACACCUGUAGCUCCCCCUGUGACAUCCACUACUUGUCCUGUGGCCUCUCAUCCCUUGGCUCCCACCUCUGGCCCUGUGAUUCCUGCUUCCUGCCCUUUGACUUCAGCAGUGCCUGCUCCUAAGGCCCUGGCAGGGCUGCCUCCUACACCUUUGGCAUCGACAGCACCACUCGUGAACCCGACUUCUCCUUUGGCACCUACUUCUAGCCCCGUAGCUCCAGCAGUGACUACUUCUAGUCCUGUGAUACCUGCCUCCCAGCCCAUGGUUUCAGCUUUGGUAACUGAUUCUGGCCCUGUGGCCCCAACCGGGACUGCCCCAAAAUCUUUGGCACCGAAGGCAUCACCUGUGAAACCUCCUUCUCCUUUAACACCUAUCUCUGGCACCAUAGCCCCUCCUGUGGUCCCAGGGGUGCCUGCUUCUGUAGCACCUGCUUCUCCGCCUGUGACUCCUGUUCCUGGCCCUGUGAGCCUUCCUUUGACCCCCACAGUUUCUGCUCCUAAGCCACUGGCACCUGCAGUGCCAUCAGUGAAACCUGCUUCUCCUUUAGCACCUCCUUCUAGCCCUAUAGCCCCAGCCAUACUUGCUUCUAGUCCUGUGGCACCUACUUCUGGCCCCUUAACCCCUCCAGUAGCCCCAGCAAGACCUGCUCUUGGACCUUUAGCACCUGAAAUGCCACCUGAGAAACCUCCUUCUCCUUUAGCACCUCCUCCUGAUCCCAUAGCCUCUCAUGACCCCCCAGCAGUGCCUGCUUCCCAGCCUGCUUUGGCACCUGUUCAUGACCCUGUCGCCCCUCUUGUGUUUCCAGGAGCACCUGCUUCUAAACCUUUGGCUCCAGAAGCGUCACCUAUGAAACCUGUUUCUCCUGUAGCACCUACAUCAAGCCCCAUAGCUUGCCCGGUGCCCUCAACAAUGCCGGCUUCUAGUCCUGUAACACCUAUUCCCCAACCUGUGAGUCCUCCUGUGACCCCUGGCCCUGUGGCCCCAGGGGUAUCUGCUUCUAAACCAUUUGCACCUGCUGUAUCACCUGUGAAAGCAACUUCUCCUUUAGCACCUACAUCUGGCUUUAUAGCCCCAGCACUGACAGCUUCUGGUCCUGUGUCACCCUCUCCUGCCCCCAUAACCCCUUCUUUGACCCCAGCAGUGCCUGCAGCUAGUCUUCUGACCCCUGUAGUGCAGCCUGUGAAACCUGCUUCUCCUUUAGCACCUGCACCUGGACCUAAAGCUCCUCCUGUAGUGCCAGAAGUGCUUGCUUCUAGUCUUGUGCCUUCUACAGUGACUCCUCCAGUUUCCACUUCUGCGACCCCUCCAGUUCUCCCUGCAGCUGACUCCCAGGGCUCAUCUGCGACCUCUCCCGUGACCCCUCCUCCUCCUCCUCUUCCUAAGCCUCCUGUUGUCUCUGCUUCUGGCCCAGUAGCCACUUCAGUAACACCUGUGAUCCCUCCUUCUGGCUCUGUGGCCAUGACCUCUCCAUUGGCUCCUCCUGCACCAUCUGCAGCCCCAUCCACUCCUGCUUCUCCUACUUUGUUGAGCCCUGGUGCUGUCCCUGUUCACUCAGCUGCCUCAGCUUUGGCUGUGUCCCAGGCUCCUGCCGCUUCUGCUGGGGAUGUGGGGCCUCCACAGGCACCAAUAUCUUUGCCUCUGGCACUUUCUGAUCUCCCUGUUUCUGCCCCAGCAGCAAGUAACCUCCUCACUCAGCCUGCUUCCCCUGCACCACCUCCUACUUCCCCUGUCAAAAAACCGACUGCUUCCCCUGUGCUUGCUCAGCCGCCUCCAGUUUCAUCUGUACCUGAAGCGUCACCUAAACCUUCCAUCCCUGUCUCUGCUAUCAUCGAAGACGACGAGCUGCCACCUCUGAUCCCUCCAGAGGCACCUGUUGGAGAGCCACCUCUGCAGCCAGUCCUGGUGGAUUUCUCUCCCAAACCAGCUGUGGCCUUUGCUGAGGCCCCAGCAACUCUUCCUCUUCCUCCUCCUGCUAAACAGCCUGUCCUGAAGAAUGACAAGGGGUCUGGGACAGAAUCCGACAGCGAUGAAUCAGUGCCAGAACUUGAAGAACAAGACUCCACACAGGCUACAACACAGCAGGCACAGCUUGCAGCAGCAGCUGAAAUAGAUGAAGAACCAGUGAGCAAAGCAAAACAGAGCCGGAGUGAAAAGAAAGCACGGAAGGCAAUGUCCAAGCUUGGUCUUCGCCAGGUCACAGGUGUAACCAGGGUUACCAUCCGGAAAUCCAAGAACAUCCUGUUCGUCAUCACCAAGCCAGAUGUAUACAAAAGUCCUGCAUCAGACACCUAUAUUGUCUUUGGGGAGGCAAAGAUUGAAGAUUUGUCACAGCAAGCACAGCUGGCUGCUGCUGAGAAAUUCAAAGUACAAGGAGAAGCCGUUUCAAACAUUCAGGAAAACACACAGACUCCCACCGUACAAGAGGAGAGUGAAGAGGAGGAGGUUGAUGAGACUGGUGUUGAGGUGAAGGACAUCGAAUUAGUUAUGUCCCAAGCGAAUGUUUCCCGAGCAAAAGCCGUCCGCGCCCUGAAGAAUAACAGUAAUGAUAUCGUAAACGCUAUUAUGGAAUUGACGAUGUAACCACCCAGAAAGGGGAACCUUUUUGGUGUUUCAGAGGAGAAUAAAUUGCUCUGUUAAAUUCAAAAUUUGUACUAUUUCUAUCAGUUAAUAAAAGUUGUGGUUUAAAAGGUU